UGUGUCACAGGCAAAUCCUGUUGGUCUCGGAGAUCAUGGUCUGUGUAGGAAUACUUCUCAGCUUCCAUGUAGUUGUUCCUUACACUGUUCCACAAUACGUUUUCUCAGGACUCAUCAUGUUUGUUUCUGCAGAAGUUCUUGAAGGUGUUAAUCUAUCGUUACUCUCGAGAGUAAUGUCGUCGAGGCUAUCGAGAGGGACUUAUAACGGAGGUUUGCUUUCGACGGAGGCUGGCACGAUCGCACGUGUGAUUGCUGACGCAACGAUCACGGUGGCUGGUUACUUAGGACGGGAUAUGCUUUUGAAUGUCACGCUGCUUCCGUCUCUAGUCAUUUGUGUUUUGUCCAUCGUAGCUACUUGUUUUACUUAUAACUCCAUGUAUUAGUAGUACAAAUUUUAUCCCUUAAUAACCAAAUCGUUACAAUUUGAACCAAAAA